AUGGCGAUGCGCAACCCCCAGCUCUGGAGUCUCCCCUCCCGCAUCAGCCAAUCCAUCACCAUCUCCAAGCAAUGCAUCCGAAGCCUACAUCGCAAAACCGCACCCUCAGUGCCCUCCCCGACCCCCUUCGUCCCCGAUGUCCAAACCUUCCUCACCCUCAUCGGCCGUGACAUGUCCAAGCAAGCUAGCAAAAUCCCUUCCUGGGAAAGCCUCUUCACCUCCACCUCAACCCAGCUCCGCGAUAUGGGCAUCGAGCCCGCCCGCCAGCGCCGCUACCUGAUCCGCAAGCGCGAGAAGUUCCGCAACGGCGUCUACGGACCCGGCGGUGACCUGGAGCAAGUCGUCGACGGGGUGGCACAAUUACGUGUGGUGGAAGUCCCCCGUGAAGCCGGGAGUGUGGAAAAGGUUACGGCCAAUGCUGUUGCGGGCGCUGCCGCGGAGGGCAUCAGUUCGGCGACGUUGACUCCGGGGAUGAAGAAGGCGAUUGUGAACUUGGCUCCCGAGGCCACUGAAUACAAGCACAGUCCGUCUGCGGUGCUGAAGAAGUUUGCGCAUAUGAAGAUUCACCGGGGCUCGAAGAUUAUGGGCCCGUAUUUACAGCCGAUCAAGGGGUCUCAUGGGUCUGCGGCUACAAUCACGGUGCAACCUGGUAUGUGGGAGGAUAAACGAGGACACAAGGUCGACGGUGGAGAGCGACGACGAACCGAAGUGCGAGCGAAGAAGCGACUCGAGGAGAUCAGGAAGGCGUAG